AUGGCCGCGGAGGAGUCCGAUGCGUCCGCGAACAAGAUGCCCCGCGUGAACAGCCUGAUCCAUCACUUCCAGCGGCAACGGGGCAGAGACGAGGACAGGUCAAUGGUGAAAUGUGACAGUGUCACGAGGGUCGAGAUUCAGAACCAUGUGAGUGCAGAUUCGAUGAGCGAGACGGGCAGCCGUCGUUUCGGCAGCACCGACAACCGUAUCUUGUACCAUAACAUUUCACCCUCGAACCGGCUGUGGCUGCGCAUCUACAAGUACAUCCUGAACCUGGGCGUGCUGUUUCUGAUCGUGGCGUACACUUUUUACAUCGCAGGUUUGUUUGAGCCAAUUCUGUACCUGGACGCCGGCGAGUUCACCGACCCGGACGUGUUCCAGCCCUUCAACGAGACCCUGCUGCACUCGUUGAAGACGUUGCAUCGCCAGAAGGCGUACUUCACCGUCAUCAUCGCCGGUAUGUUUUCCAUAACGCUGCCGUUCGUGAAGAUGAUCGUCACCACGAUCGCGUACGUCAUCGCCGUUGCCCACCGCCGCUCCCAGCUGCUGCUGUUCUUCGGCGAGAAGCCCAUCGACAAAUCUGGGAUCCGCACGGAGGACGAGGGCAACAUCAAGUACGCCCGCGAGAUGCUGAUGAUCCUGAAGCUCAUCUCCAAGUUCCAGAUGGUGGACGUGGUUGUGCUGCUGCUGAACGCGGUCUUCUUGCGUUGCGCCUUCGUGUGGGCUCGCCCGGCGAAAGGGCUGCUGUAUCUCGUGAUAUACUGCCUGUUCUCCAUCGCCGGCGCGCAACUGGUCAACUUCGCCGUUGAGGGCGAGAAGGACAUCUUCGACUCGUGGUGGGCCAUCAAGUACGCCAUCGUGCCCCGUUACCUGUCCAUCCGCUCGUCCGCAAGCUGGCAGGUCUCCGAGGGCUCCACCGACAAGCCGGGCAUCCAGCCCCUGGAGAAAAAGCGCUGGUUCGUGUCUGAGGACUUCAUUUGCGUGAUGGCCGGGAUCAACAUCCUGUCCUGCAUUUCGCUCAUGACCAACGAGAAGCUGCUCACCGUCGGCUUCACCAUCGAGAAGAGCAAGACCCUGGUGGUGGACUCCUCGACCAUGUCGUACACCGACAUGCUGAUGAACCUGCUGGGCAUGGAAUACGGCGCGAUAUCCAUGGUGGUGCUGUUUUUCCUGUGCAUCGUCAUCCCGAUGCUGUUUUCCAUGUUCUUCCUGGCCAGCGUGUUCGGCUACAACUACUGCAUGCGGAACCGCAGCGUCAACGGCCAGCCCGUGGAGAUCACGGAAACCGACAACACCGACGAGCGCAUGGACUACGAGUGGGACAUCCGUUUCACCAGGUUCAUUUUCAAGUUCUGCAACAUGCUGUCGGAGUGGUCGUGUGGCGAGGUUGUGGCCCUGGCCACGAUGGCUGCGAUCACGAGCAUGAACACCGCUGACCGCGUGACGGUCAUCAUCCCACCCAAGAAGACGUGCUCGGCUCUGUUCAUGAUGGGCGCGUUCGGAGUGUCGUCCUUCCUGCUUACCGCGUCUUUCUACAUUUGGAACCAAAAUGUGAAGCUGGAGUUCAGCCACAUCCGUAUUUACGUGAAGUACCUGGAGCACCCCGACCGUGGCCACCUGGCCCGCCUGAUGUCCGACAACCAGUUCACCGACGACAGCGUGUACAGCGGCUCCAUGGGCCGGCCCGUGGUCCGUACGACCAGCCCGCGGCGCCAGUCGUCCUUGCGCCCUCACUUCCUCGUGCCCUACAUCGAGUCGAUGCGCCGAGUGCUGUACUCGAAGUGGCUGUCAGGUACGUUCUUCGGCUUGCUCACGGCGGUGGCGGUUUUGCUCUCCAUAUCGGCGUACACGCUGACGUACCCCUCGCCUCACGUCAACGUUGAGGCGGUGUCCGGGUUCCUCAAGAAUGACAUCCAGGAGAUUUAUGGUUUGGUGCGGAAGCAGGUGCCGCAGAGUGUCGGCCAGUGCGGCUUCGACGACGACCCGCCUGACCCGCCGUGCGUCGGCGUGGACCCCAUCAUGGUCACCGAGAACCGCCUCCACAUGAGCGUGGUCUGGUUCAGCGGCAUGAAGACCAUCGAGAUAACCUCCGCCGAGUACUUCUUCAGCGUCGAGCGGCGCAUGACGUUCAAGUUCAUUUUCAAAAUCGACAAGCUGAGGACGUACGUGCGCCUUGCCGCCGUCGAAAAGGACAGGCUGAAGAACAUGAUCGCCGGCGUGAUCGAGACCGCGGCUCCGUUCGACGUGGAGGCUCAGCUUUCUAUGAAGUGCGUGAAUCGCAGUCCGCAGAUGCGGGAUCUGCGCGUGGAUCAUAUCGUUCUGAGGAACUUCGAGGUGAAAGGCAAGUGGUAUCAAGCGGCUGGCGCUUUUAUCGACGUCCCGGCUGCCAUUGGGACGUGGUGUACUCGGGAGGUUAACCGCUUUCUGCAUGACCCCAAGCAGGUUGUGAUGUGGCGAGGCAUAUCGUUCGACAUCGCCGAGUUUCUCAACCUGAUCGUGUCGCAGAACUGGCCGACCAAUUUCGUCUGUCCCAGCAACGACGGCUAG